GCUUUCCGUUGCGAGUUUGCGACCCAUCUCCAUCUCCAUCCAUCCCCUUCCCCCUUCCGCUGCCAACAUCUCAUCGGCGAUUCGAUUCGGGUCAAUUAGGGUUUACUCGAGACUCGAGAGAGGAGAGCUCGCCCGCUAGGGUUUCGCGGGAGAUGGCGCAGGCGGUGGAGGAGUGGUACCGGCAGAUGCCCAUCAUCACGCGCUCCUACCUCACCGCCGCCGUCGUCACCACCGUCGGCUGCACCCUCGAGAUCAUUUCGCCCUACCACCUGUAUCUGAACCCCAAGCUGGUGGUGCAGCACUACGAGAUCUGGCGCCUCGUCACCAACUUCCUCUACUUCCGUAAGAUGGAUUUGGACUUUCUGUUCCACAUGUUUUUUCUUGCACGAUACUGCAAGCUUCUUGAGGAGAACUCAUUCAGAGGAAGAACUGCUGACUUUUUCUACAUGCUCUUGUUUGGCGCUACUGUCCUGACUGGCAUUGUUCUGAUUGGUGGGAUGAUACCUUAUAUUUCUGAGACAUUUGCCAGAAUCCUGUUCUUGAGCAAUUCAUUGACAUUUAUGAUGGUUUAUGUAUGGAGCAAGCACAAUCCCUUCAUUCAUAUGAGCUUCUUGGGUUUGUUCACCUUUACUGCUGCUUAUUUACCUUGGGUCCUUCUGGGGUUCUCUAUUCUUGUGGGAAGCAGUACAUGGGUUGAUUUGCUGGGUAUGAUUGCUGGGCAUGUGUACUACUUCCUGGAAGAUGUAUACCCGCGGAUGACUGGGAGGCGUCCCCUGAAGACUCCUUCGUUCAUCAAGGCGCUAUUUGCUGAUGACAAUGUUGUUGUGGCAAGGCCACCCAAUGCUGGGCUUGGCGCUGGAGCAAGGUUUGGUGCUAUGGGUGCAGACCCCCAGGCCCAAUGAUCAAUUGCCAUUCGAAGGCAGUUACUGAUUCGAGAGUUCUUUUUUUUUUUUCAUCUGUUCAAAUUGCGAAAUUGUACAAGCAAUGUUCCCGUGUAUUUAUACAGGCUAUAGAUCAGAGAAUUAUUGUGCAUAAGAAAGCAUUUAGUAGUAUCUGGGGCAGCUAAAUUUCUUAACUGGACACGAAGGGUGAAGGAAAUGGUUUACGAGUUUCAACCGGCUGGACAAUGCCGCCAUCCUUGGUUGCAGAAACUGAUCCUUUUUGCGACGAUUGACAUCUGACCGGGAUACUUUUCAAUGUGGUAGUCUAUUGGUAACGAUAACUGUAUCAAUCGUUGUGAUGUUUGUCCUUGCGAUUUAUGGUAUCAGAAAUGUUAGAAUGUUUUAUAUACUGUUUGGGUUUGAAGAAUAUUGGUCGAAGAUGACCCUCGAAA